AUGGCGACCUCAGUAUGGCCUCCGCUACCUGUAAACGAAUUGAAAGCUGCCGAGGAUGAAUCUACUGAGAGAGAGCUUUCCUGGCUGCUUGACAGUCUGCAGGAAACGCUCGCGAGUUUAAAGACUGGACUAGAAGAGUGCUAUGCAUUAUUAGCACCGAUAGAGCCGGGUAGCACAUUAGUGUUGAGUAGCCCGAGGAGUGAAAGUAUCAAAGGACAUAUCACUAGGAUUGGAAGUCGGAUUGUGAAAGGCACUGUCCACCUAAAACUCAAAACCCAUCCUCCCCUCGUCCUCUCCCUCUCCUCCACCGACCCUUUAGUCCUCACCCCGCUCUCCUCUCUUCGUACCCUUCUCAACCAAGCUCUCGACUGCGUAGACAUCACCCGCUGGACAGGCGACCGCCACUCCGCGCCCUUCAUAUCCUCCCAAUUACUCCUCCUGCACGGUAUCCUUCUCGAAGCCCUCUCUCUACUGAAGGGCAACACAUUCCACACACAUCCUGCCUCUACCUCUGCGAAUAGCUCCAGCACAGAGUCCAGCUCAGGCGUUGACAGGAGUGGAGGCUUGGGAUUAGGUGCUUCAGGAGGCAGAGACGAGUGGACCAAAGACCCUCCUUCACCUACAUCUUUCACUCCAGCUCUACCCUCUACCCUAGCUCUGAAUCUAGAUCUCUCAGACUCCUCUCUGCUGCUCACGAUUCGAGUCCUGGAACCUACGUCCCAGACACCAAAUACGUUUACUCGCUUCGCCGCGUUGACGGGUAUGACGAGGCGGUUGGAACAUGAUGAGAUGGAUGCAGUGUUUACGUACAGAGGAGAGGAAGUUAGGGUUCGAGAGAAGGUUAGGGUGGAGAGUAGUGCUGAUCCUAGUUUGUUGAGUGUCGGGGCUAAGUUGGGGCAGAUUGAGAGGGUGGUGGAGAGUUGUAGGGGCGGGCUUGGAGUGGUCAUAGGGAAGCCUGAAGGAGAGGAGGAUUGA